UAUACUGCCGAGACGCUCCUCGCUCCCAGCGGCCCCUGGCCAUUGCAGCGAUAAUAUCCGUAGAUAAACCGAAGCCGUUAAUAUGGUUGCAUACUGAAUGUGUUUUUUUUUUUUUUGUCACGCACAGUCCAGUGACGUAAGUUAUAUUAUGCUUUUAUAUUGAGAGAGAGCAAUAUUCGUCGGCGCGUCAUCGUCAAAUGCGCGCGCCCGUACAAAUCCUCCAAAACUGCAGAAAGACACACAGGGCUCGUAUUGUUAGAGAAGCGGAAUGGAGUCCCACACGCGAAAUAUCCCUGCUGGAGAGAUGUACAUCUUAUAAAUGCAUGGCAACCACAGUCGUACCUACACUGGAUAGUGGACAUGCACUGAAAAGACCUGGAUCUAGCACAGAUCUAUCUGUGCAAUUUAAGUCUGGUGUCAACCAACAGAUAAUUAAUGAGGGAAUGGCGGAGCUCAGAUUUUCUUGAUACAACCCAUUCUUUGCAAGUCACAGCACAGACGGACACACCAUGGAUCUCCUUUGGGUUCUGUACUCCAUGCUGACUGUAUGUAUGGCCAUCAAUAUGGAAGCUACCGGGAGCCAUAACAUGUUUACCUGUGAACCUAUCACUUUAAGGAUGUGCCAGGGCCUCGCCUACAAUACCACCUUCAUGCCCAACCUUUUGAAUCACUAUGAUCAGCAGACCGCUGCUCUCGCCAUGGAGCCCUUUCAUCCCAUGGUGAACUUGGAGUGCUCUACUGAAAUUCGCCCAUUCCUGUGUGCCCUUUACGCUCCCGUGUGCACCGAGUACGGCCAUGUGACCCUGCCAUGUCGGCGCCUGUGCCAGCGUGCCAAGAGUGAUUGCUACAAGCUGAUGGACAUGUUUGGGGUCAGUUGGCCAGAUGAGAUGCAGUGUAGCAGGUUUCCAGAUUGUGAUGAGUCUUACCCCCGAGCGAUAGACCUGCUCCCGAGCAGUGACGGGACGGAGGAAUCUCCCUCAUCGGUUCAGCGGGACUAUGGCUUCUGGUGCCCACGAGAGCUGAAGAUCGAGCCUGACUUGGGUUACUCGUUCAUGGGCGUGCGCGACUGCUCGCCUCCCUGCCCAAACAUGUACUUCCGCAAAGACGAGCUCAUCUUCGCCCGCUAUUUCAUUGGCGUGGUCUCCAUAGUCUGCCUGUCGGCGACGCUCUUCACCUUCCUGACCUUCCUCAUCGAUGUUGGCCGCUUUCGCUAUCCGGAGCGGCCCAUCAUCUUCUACGCGGUCUGCUACAUGAUGGUGUCCCUGGUCUUCUUCCUGGGUUUCCUGCUGGAGGAUCGUGUGUCAUGCAACGCGGCUAGCCCGGGUCGUUUCCGUGCCUCCACCGUCACCCAGGGCUCCCACAACAAGGCCUGCACGCUGCUCUUCAUGACGCUCUACUUCUUCACCAUGGCAGGAAGCGUUUGGUGGGUCAUCCUCACCAUCACCUGGUUCCUUGCUGCUGUUCCCAAAUGGGGAAGUGAAGCUAUCGAGAAGAAGGCUUUGCUGUUCCAUGCGGUGGCUUGGGGCGUCCCGGGAGCCCUUACUAUCACCCUUAUGGCUAUGAACAAAAUCGAGGGUGACAGCAUGAGCGGUGUAUGUUUUGUGGGGCUCUAUGACCUUAUGGCUUUGCGCUGGUUCCUCUUGGUUCCUCUCUCAUUGGAUGUGGUCGUAGGUGUGGUGCUGCUGUUAGCAGGUAUUGCCGCGCUAAAUAGGGUCCGGAUGGAGAUUCCCUUAGAGAAGGAGAACCAGGACAAACUGGUGAAGUUCAUGAUCCGGAUCGGCAUGUUCUCCGUCCUGUAUCUGGUGCCUCUGCUGACCGUCAUUGGAUGCUAUCUGUAUGAACAGAGCCACAGAGCAGCUUGGGAGACCACCUGGGUGCAGGAGCACUGUAGAGAGUAUCACAUCCCCUGUCCGUUUAAGGUGGAACAGACGAGCAGGCCAGAUAUCACCUUGUUCCUCAUCAAGUACCUGAUGAUGCUGGUGGUGGGAAUCCCGUCAGUGUUUUGGGUCGGCAGUAAAAAGACCUGCUUCGAGUGGGCCAGUUUCUUCAACGGACAUCGCAGGAAAGACAGCACGGUGCACAAGAGCAGGCAGGUGCUGCAGGAGCCCGACUUCACCCAGCUCCUCCUCAGGGACCCCAACACCCCAGUGGUGAGGAAGUCUAGAGGCACCUCGACACAGGGCACCUCCACCCAUGCCUCUUCCACGCACCUCGCCAUGUUGGACGAGCCCCCCAGCGCCAGCACCAGCCGUGCGGGGAGCAUGCGCAGCAAAUCAAGCAGCUUCCACGGCAGCCUGCAUCGCUCCAGAGAUGGCAGGUACACAGCUUGUAGUUAUCGUGGCGUCGAGGAACGUAUUCCUCAUGGGAGCACCCUGCGCCUUAAUGAUCCGCUCCAGCACUGUGGCGUCAACCGUCUCGACAGCCAUUCCCGGCAUGGCAGCCUGCAGCGACUGGAGAGCCAAUCACGACACAGCAGCAUGCGAGACCUCACCAUCACAGCACAGGCCAUCCAGAGCAGCCCUGGCAACGGCAUUCACCGCGUCAUAGAGGAGGAUGCCACCAAGGCGUGAACUUUCACAAGGCAGGAAAUACAGACCAAAUGUGUAAAGAGAACAUGGACUCUUCUGGCACAAACUCUUCAUGAUGGAUGGCACAAAUACAAGUGUUCAAACUACACAGUGUGCCAUGUGCGUUUCCUGGGAAUUGAACCCAUGACCUUGCAGAUGUUAGCAUUUUGACUAUACCAAACACUUGAAAUCUUUAGAUGUACACUACUAUUCGAACGUUUGGGGUCAGUACUUUCUACAGAUUUCUAUUUCAAAUUAAU